GGAAGUCGGGGAGCUAGGGCUACGCCUUGGUUGCCGCAGUUGCCUCCGCUGCAUCGGUUGCCUCGGUUGCCUCCGCUGCAUCGGUUGCCGCCGCUGCAUCGGUUGCCGCCGCUGCAUCGGUUGCCUCCGCUGCAUCGGUUGCCGCCGCUGCAUCGGUUGCCGCCGCUGCAUCGGUUGCCUCCGCUGCAUCGGUUGCCUCGGUUCCCUCGGCUGUCUCGGAGCUGGAGGCACCUUCCCCAGCCAGGAUGAGGCUCCUGGCCUGGCCGCAGGCCCUGUGGCUCCUACCCCUAUGGCUGCUGUCAGCGCCGGGAGCGAGCGGCCUCCGCGAGCCAGCGCCUGGCGGUCUGAGGGCCUUCGUGGUGCCUCACAGCCACAUGGACGUGGGCUGGGUCCACACUGUCCAGGAGAGCAUGCAUGCCUAUGCAGCCAAUGUCUACACUUCUGUCACGAAGGAACUGAAAAGAGGGAAGCAGCGCAAAUUUAUUGCUGUGGAACAAGAAUUCUUCCGGCUCUGGUGGAGCAGAGUGGCCACAGACACCCAGAAACGUCAGGUCCGUCAUUUAGUAAAAGAAGGACGACUGGAAUUCGUUAUUGGAGGCCAGGUGAUGCAUGAUGAAGCAGUGACCCACAUUGAUGAUCAGAUUUUACAGCUAACAGAAGGACACGGGUUUUUAUAUGAAACUUUUGGGGUGAGACCUCAGUUUUCCUGGCACGUCGAUCCCUUUGGAGCAUCUGCUGCCACACCAACUUUGUUCGCUCUGGCUGGCUUCAAUGCCCACCUCAUUUCCCGGAUCGACUAUGACCUAAAAGAGGACAUGCAGGAAGCCAAGGAGCUCCAGUUUGUGUGGCGAGGGUCUCCAUCUCUGGCUGAAAGUCAGGAAAUCUUCACUCACGUUAUGGAUCAGUACAGCUACUGUACCCCAUCACACAUCCCUUUUUCCAACAGGUCGGGCUUUUAUUGGAAUGGAAUUGCGCUUUUCCCCCACCCUCCAGAAGACGGGGUGUACCCCAACAUGAGCGAGCCGGUGACAGUGGGCAGCGUCAGCCUCUACGCACAGACCAUGGUGGCCAACAUCAAGGAGAGGGCAGCCUGGUUCAAGACCCGGGAUGUGCUCUGGCCGUGGGGUUGUGACAAGCAGUUCUUUAACUCAUCUGUCCAGUUUGCCAACAUGGAUCCAUUGCUAGCCUACAUUAAUGACCAUUCUGAGGAGUUUGGGGUCACUGUGGAAUAUGCUACCGUGGGUGAUUACUUCCGUGCCAUUCAUGAUCAAAAUGUCACCUGGAGCAUCCGCAACCAACAGGACUUUCUUCCAUAUUCAACAGAGCCAUUUCAAAGCUGGACUGGAUUUUAUACUUCCUGUAGCUCGCUGAAAGGACUUGUCCGGAGAGCGAGCGCCCGUCUUUAUGCCGGAGAGUCCAUGUUCACCCAGUAUGUUCGGAAGAACCCCCAAGGUCCCCUGUCUAACCCUGAGUCCUUGGAGCAGCUGCAGCAGCUUCGGUGGGCCGUUUCAGAGGUUCAACACCAUGAUGGCAUAACAGGGACAGCGUCCCCCGAAGUGAGAGAUAUGUACACGAACAACCUAAUGGAAGGAAUGUUUGCUGUAGAGAAGCUAAUGAUCUCCCUCAUCCUUGACAUAUUCCGGCCAGAGAAGAAAGAAGAGCUACAAGCUAGCGUCUCCCAUAGAGAUUCAGGCAAACAAGGCUGUGAGGUGGACCGAUGUGCUGUGGUCUAUAACCCCCUGGCCUGGACCAUCACCACCUUUGUUACUGUUACCGUCCGUUCUCCAGGAGUCGUGGUCUUAGAUGAAUUUGGACAUCCUGUGCCUGCCCAGAUCCAGAACUCAACUGGCUAUCAGUCCACCUAUGACUUGCACAUUCUGACCACCAUAAAUGGUCUCAGUUACCGGCGUUACCAAAUCAAGGCGAUUGACAAAUUUGAAGAAGCUCACCAGGAGUCAACCUCAACUGCAAGAGUCUUCCAGUUUGAUAGGAAAUCUAAGAAUUCCUCAUACUAUGCCGGCAAGAGACUGUUUCCUGUGACGAACGAUUGUUAUUCUAUUCUUAUGGACCAAGACACCAAUUUAAUGCACAGCAUCACUGACAGGGAGAGUGGCCAGACAGUACAAGUCACCCAGCAGUUCCUGGAGUAUGAAGUGAAUGCCGAUUUGGAACAUGGACCGAUUUCAGACAACUAUUUGUUUACCCCAGAUGGAUCAGCAGUUGAAGCAUCAGAUGAGGUGGCGUUGGAAAUUCUGUCUGGGAAACUAAUGACAGAGAUCCGGCAGUAUUUUUACAGAAAUUCCACAGUAAAGGAUUUUAUCUAUGCCGCCUCUUCUCGGAUCUACAAUAUCCCGGAGGGUUAUGAAGGGAAACUGCUCUGUCACAGGAUAGAACAAGAGUACAGGGUGGGACCCCUGGAGCUGAACCGCGAGGCAGUCCUGAGGACAAGCACGGAUCUGAACAAUCACCAAGUCCUUUAUACAGACAACAAUGGUUAUCAGAUGCAGAGAAGGACUUACAAAGACUAUGUGAAUAACACCGUGGCUCGGAAUUACUAUCCCAUGGUGCAGACUGCUUUCAUUGAGGAUAACAAAACUAGGCUUGUCGUGCUAUCUGAAAGAUCACAUGGUGUCUCUAGUCAAGGAAAUGGGCAGAUAGAGGUGAUGCUACAUAGGAGACUGUGGAGUAACUUUGAGUGGGACCUCAAUUAUCACCUCACUUUGAACGAUACGUCAGUGGUUCAGCCAUCUUUCUGGCUCCUCCUGGGACCCAAGCCCGUCACUACCGCUCUGUAUCAGAUGAGUAAAAUGGCUUUGGAACACAAACCACUUGUCAUAUUUGGAAAAUUACCCAUUAAUAACAAGAUGCCACCAGGAUACGUCCAGAAAGAUGCUCCAGCCCUCCCCUCCAAUCUUCACCUCCAGAUUCUCAGCAUCCCUGGGUGGCAGUACAGCUCUAACCACACAGAGCAUCUUCAGAGUCUGCAGAAAGGUUACCGGAAGAAGAGUGAUCCUGACCUCAACCGGGUCUUACUGCGGAUCUGCCAUUUAUACGAAGCGGGAGAAGACCCAGAUCUUUCCCAACCAGUGACUGUGAACCUGAAGUCUCUGCUCCGGAAUCUGGGGACAGUGGCUUCGGUGGAGGAGCGCUCCCUCACAGGGACCUGGGAUGUGAAGGACCUGAAUCGCUGGAAGUGGCAAACAGCCAGAUUUGAAGGCCAAGACUUCCCCAGGCCUUCCGGGAUGCCUCUGGGAAACUCCACCUUCAUCCUGCACCCGAAGGAAAUAAAGACCUUUUUUAUCUACUUUGAAGAGCAAUGAAAUGCUUAGGGACUAUCCCUGCAGCUCUUCUGAAUGUCUUUGAAGCCUUGUGCAUGCUCUGACAGAGGGAUAUUUAAGGCCAGUGUGAACUUAUAGAGGAAGAUGCAUGUAUAUAUUUGAAUAAACAUUAAGUUAUGAUGACAAAUAA